AUACUGUUAAACAUAACAUACAUAGAAAUAUAACCUAUAACAUUACAUUUAACCUUUGGUUUGCGAGAACUAGGUCUUAUCGCGGAGUGUCACGUCAGUUAACCUCUGCCCUCUCCCAGCUUAAUUGGAACGACGGCAGGCGGAGGAAGAGAGCUGCAGGUGUUCCACGUUCAUAAUUAAACAAAAACAAGCUCGCGCCCAUGUGGAGAGAGGUGAACGCUGCACUUCAAAUCACACAUCAGUGUUCCGACAUUUUGACUAUUUAAAAGCCCUCACCCAAGAUGAACACCAGCGGUCCAACGUAUCCCCUCGCCUCUCUGUAUGUAGGCGACCUGCAUCCAGAUGUUACAGAGGCCAUGCUCUACCAGAAGUUUUCUCCUGCAGGACCCAUCAUGUCAAUCCGUGUGUGUCGUGACAUCAUCACCCGAAGAUCUCUGGGAUAUGCCUACAUAAACUUCCAGCAACCAGCUGAUGCGGAGUGCGCCCUGGACACAAUGAACUACGAUGUUAUCAAGGGCAGGCCUAUCAGAAUAAUGUGGUCUCAGCGUGACCCGGGACUCAGGAAGUCUGGUGUGGGAAACAUCUUCAUCAAGAACAUGGAUGAGUCUAUUGACAACAAGGCGCUGUAUGAUACCUUCUCCGCCUUUGGCAAUAUUUUGUCCUGCAAGGUUGUUUGUGACGAGAAAGGAUCCAAAGGCUAUGGAUUUGUUCACUUUGAGACUCACGAGGCUGCAAACCGGGCCAUCACCACCAUGAAUGGGAUGUUGCUGAAUGAUAGGAAAGUUUUUGUUGGCCACUUUAAGUCCCGCAAGGAAAGAGAGGUGGAGUUUGGCACCAAAGCUCUGAAGUUCACCAACGUUUACGUCAAAAACUUCGGUGAAGACUACACUGAUGAGAAACUGAAGGAACUCUUUUCUGCAUUUGGGAGGACUCUCAGUGUGCGGGUGAUGAAGGAUGAGAGGGGCCGUUCACGGGGAUUUGGCUUUGUAAACUACGCUAACCAUGAGGAUGCUCAGAAGGCAGUCAAUGAAAUGAAUGGGAAGGAGAUCAAUGGGAAGAUCAUCUACGCUGGUCGGGCUCAGAAGCGGCUGGAGCGCCAGGGAGAGCUCAAGCGCAAGUUUGACCAGAUCAAACAGGACCGCAUCCAGCGCUAUCAGGGGGUGAAUCUGUAUGUGAAGAACUUGGACGAUAGCAUAGACGACGAGAGACUCCGGAAGGAGUUUGCCCCCUACGGCACCAUCACCAGUGCCAAGGUCAUGACAGAUGGCUCCCAAAGCAAAGGCUUUGGCUUUGUCUGCUUCUCUUCACCGGAGGAAGCAACAAAAGCAGUGACUGAAAUGAACGGGAGAAUUGUUGCGACCAAGCCGCUGUACGUGGCUCUGGCUCAGCGGAGGGAGGAACGUAAAGCAAUCCUGACCAAUAAAUACAUGCAGAGACUUGCUACCUUGAGGACCAUGACGAGUCCGAUCAUUGACUCGUACCAGCAGGCUGGAUACUACAUGACUGUACCACAGCCUCCCACUCGCUCCUUCUACAACCACAAUGCUGUCAGCAACAUGAGACCAGUGCCUCGCUGGACAGGCCAACCACCAAGACUACAGGGUCCCUACUCAACCCAGUUUGUUGGUACCGCCGUUCCUCGACGUGGAUCAGCCCCCAUCGCUACAGUCAGACAGGCCUCCACCCAGGCUCCACGCGUCAUAAGCUCCUCACAGAAGACAAAUAACAUUGGCACCCAGACUGUAGGAGGGCGUACUGAUGUGCCUGGUAUGACCAGAGGCGGCCAGUACAAGUACUCGUCUGCAGUGAGAAAUGUCCAGCAGGUGAUCACGGCACCUGCACCCAUGCCAAGACUACAGGCUGUUCCUGCACCCCUGAUGGAGCCACCAGUGCACAUUCAAGGCCAUGAGCCACUCACCGCCUCCAUGUUGGCUGCAGCUCCACUCAUGGAUCAGAAGCAGCUUCUCGGGGAGCGAUUGUAUCCAGUGAUUCAUGCCCUUCACCCAAACCUGGCUGGAAAAAUCACUGGCAUGCUGCUGGAGAUUGACAACUCGGAGCUGCUGCACAUGCUGGAGACGCCAGAGUCCCUGCACUCUAAGGUGGACGAGGCGAUCGCUGUCCUGCAGGCUCACCAAGCGAAGGAAUGCUCUCCUAAGAAGUGAAGAGCCCUUUCAGGUCAGCAAUAACUUCCUCUUCCUGUGUUGAGAGACUUCAGCAGUAAAUGGAUCCUUACAGCACCCGACUGUUUACAGCACAUGCAGCGCUCAGUGUUUACAGUUACUACAAGUUUGAAAUAUCUGUUGGAAGUAUGGCUCAUGUUGACUUAAGGCGAGUGUUUGUACAGAUUUGUUCAGGUGUUUACAACAGAACUGAAGUGAAUGUUAGGUGUAAAUUAAUGUCCUGUGUGGAAAACUCCCCCGUCCUAAAUGGUUUUGCCUUAAGUUACAGUAUUUGCUUAUUUGGUAAAAUGAUAUUUGAUCGUAACAUUGGGAAGUCAGGACUUUGGUUGCCUCUGUGACAAUCACAGUCUGACAGCUCAGAAUGAAUCCUGCACAGCAUUAAGACUUUGACCAUGUCAUUUUUUCCAGAUGUCAACGACUUUCUGGAGGAGGGAAAAAUAAUAAUAAAAAAAGAGUAAAAUUUUGAAAAAAAAAAAAAAAGAAAAGAGAAAAAUGU